AUGGCCACAGCGUCAGUGAGUAACACACCAGAAUGUUCUAUUUGUUAUGAGGGUUUUACAAAACCUAAAUUUAUAACAUGUGGACACACGUUUUGUUUGGAUUGCAUCGAAAGACAUAUCGGUGCAAAAACAGAUACAUUUCUCUGUCCGAUCUGUCAGCAGGAUGUUAAGAUUCCAGAAGGUGGUGCUAAGAUGUUUACAACAAACUUUAUAGUUGAGCCUUUACCACUAACAGCACAAGUUACAACAUCGCAUACAACACAAGUUACCGAUACAAUAUCACUUGCAACUUAUUUAAAAGGCAAAACCUCUUCAAAGGUAAAAUAUCACUGUCCAUGUCAUACAGAGAGACCAAUAGACUACUAUUGCCGAACUUGCCAUUGUGUGUUAUGUUAUAAAUGUUAUGUAAAAGAACACAACGGCCACGAGUAUUUAGAAGUAGAAUGUGAAACUGUGAAAGCAAAAGCUACCGAGUUAGUUUCAACCUCAGAGAAAUUCAUCCAAAAUAAAAUAAAAGACUUCGAAGAAAUUCAUGUGGCGUUAGUAGAAGCGAGAGAG